CACAUUCUUUUCAUAUAAAUGAAGAGUAAAAGGAUUUUUGGUUGCAGUGCUUCACAAGACUGAAGAUCUACAAACAUCAUAAUUUUUAAGAUUUAUUCAGAGUCUGUGGAGGUGAUCAGAUUCAUCAGUGGAGAUCAGACUGAUGUGACUGAAUGAUUCAUGGCUGAUUCACAAACAUUACGAGAUGGAGAUGAUUCUCCAGGAGUCAGUUAUUACUUUCUACUUGCUGAAGUUCAAAAAACAUUCAGAUUAAAUCAAAAAAAAAAGUAUGAGCGUUUGUGUGAGGGAACGUCAAGUCAGAGAAACCCAACACUACUGAAUGAGAUCUACACAGAGCUCUACAUCACAGAGAGUAAAAGUGGAGAGAUCAAUAAUGAACAUGAGGUGAGACAGAUUGAGACAAAAUCCAGAAAAACAACAGAGGAGACACCAAUCAAAAGUAAUGACAUCUUUAAACCUUUACCUGAACAAGACAAACCCAUCAGAAGUGUGCUGACAAAGGGAGUCGCUGGCAUUGGAAAAACAGUCUCUGUACAGAAGUUCAUUCUGGACUGGGCUGAAGAGAAAGAGAAUCAGGACGUCCACCUCAUAUUUCCACUUCCUUUCAGAGAGAUUAAUUUGAUGAAGAACAAAACACUCAGUCUUUUAGAUCUUCUUCAUCUUUUCUUCCCAGAGACAAAAGAAAUGCAAAAAUCCAGUGAUAAAUAUAAAGUGUUGUUCAUCCUUGAUGGUUUGGAUGAGUGUCGUCUGUCUCUGGAUUUUAAAAGCAAAGUGAAGUUUUGUGAUGUAAGUAAAUCAACCUCAGUGGACGUGAUGCUGACAAACCUCAUCAAGGGGAAUCUGUUUCCCUCUGCUCUCAUCUGGAUCACCUCCAGACCAGCAGCAGCUGAUCUCAUCCCCUCUGAGUGUGUUGAUCGAGUCACAGAGGUACGAGGCUUCAGUGAUCCACAGAAGGAGGAAUACUUCAGGAAGAGAAUCAGUGAUGAGAGUCUGGCCAGUAGAAUAAUCUCACACCUGAAGUUAUCCAGGAGUCUCUACAUCAUGUGUCACAUCCCAGUGUUCUGCUGGAUUUCAGCCACUGUUCUAGAGAGAUUAUUGACUGAAGCAGAGAGUCAAGAGAUCCCCAAGACUCUCACUCAAAUGUACACACACUUCCUGAUCAUUCAGACAAACAUCAAACAUCAGAAGGACUAUGAGAAGAAAGAUGAAGAGAUGAUCUUCAAACUGGGUGAACUGGCUUUUAAGCAGCUUGUGAAAGGAAAUCUGAUCUUCUAUGAUGAAGACAUGACAGAGUGUGGCAUUGAUGUAGCAGAAGCAUCAGUGUACUCAGGAUUGUGUACUCAGAUCUUCAGAGAGGAGUUUGGUUUGUAUCAGGGUAAAGUUUACAGCUUUGUUCAUCUCAGCAUCCAGGAACAUCUAGCAGCUCUUUAUGCUCACAUCUCCAUUACAAACAACAACAAAAAUGUGUUUCACAAUCAAAAAGGGUUUUCUAAAGUUUUGGGCAGAAUAAAACAUAAAUCAUCAGAAGAACCGGUUUCAUUAUCUAAGUUCCAUCAUCGAGCUGUAGCUGAAUCUUUACAGAGUAAGAAUGGACAUCUGGAUCUUUUCCUGCGUUUUCUUCUGGGUCUUUCACUGGAGUCCAAUCAGAUUCUCUUACAGGAUCUACUGACAGAGAUGAGAAGAUGCUCCUACAAGAAAGAGAAAACUGUUGAGUACAUUAAACAGAAGAUGAAUAAGAAUCUGUCUCCAGAGAAAUCCAUCAAUCUGAUUUACUGUCUGAAUGAACUGGGUGAUGAUUCACUGGUGGAGGAGAUUCAACAUUAUGUGACAUCUGCAACAGUAGGAAAGAGCCAACUCUCCUCUUCACAGUGGGCAGCUUUAGUUUUUGUGUUGUUGACGUCUGGGCAGCAUUUGGAUGAACUUGAUCUACAUAAAUUUAUUGGAGAUAAAAAUAAAGCAGAUGAAGUUCUUGUGAAACUGCUGCCUGUGAUUAAAGAAACAAAAAAACUUCAGUUGAAGUGUUGUAAUAUCACAGCUAAAGGAUGUGUUGCUCUGACUUCAGCUCUGGGAUCAAACCCAUCAAACCUGACACAUCUGAAUAUGUCUGGUAAUAAACUAAGAGAUUCAGGACUGAAGCUGAUCUCUGAUGUACUGAAGAAUCCUGACUGUAAACUGGAGAUACUGGAGUUGUGGGGUUUGAAUAUCACAGAUGAAGGUUGUGUUCCUCUGACUUCAGCUCUGAGAUCAAACCCAUCACACUUGACACAUCUGGAUCUGUCUGAUAAUAAUCUAACAGAUUCAGGAGUGAAGCUGAUUUCUGAUGUAAUGAAGAAUCCUGACUGUAAAUUGAAGAUACUAAAGUUAUGGAGGUGUAAUAUCUCAGAUGAAGGUUGUGUUGCUCUGACUUCAGCUCUGAGAUCAAACCCAUCAUACCUGAGAGAACUGGAUCUGUCUGAAAAUAAACUCACAGAUUCAGGAGUGAAGCUGAUCUCUGAUCUAAAAGCUGAUCCACAUUAUAAACUACAGACAGUAAAGACUCAUAAUCAGAGACGGUAAAAAUGUUAAGAUGUCUGAUCUUCAGUAUUAUCUGAUGGUGAAUAUGAAGACCCAAUAGUGACAUCACAACUUCAAAUCAACACAGACUGAAAACACAACAACACCUCAAACUGAUUACAGUGUUUUAAAACAAAUUAUAAAUCCUAUGACGGGAUUAAUAAAAUAAAUAUUUGUUUGGGUUCUGUGUUUAUUGUUUGCUGUUAAAACAUUUGUAAGUUGCUUUAAAUAAAAGUGUCUGCUAAAUCAAAUAAAUGUAAAUAUAAAUAAUAAUCUGGCUG